AUGACCUCAGUGUUUCUAAAAACCAUGUCUGCGGCCCUGAUCAGAAUACAGUCGCUCUGCUGCGGUCCUGGCUCCGCGGGGACAGACGGGGCAGAGGAGAGGAAAUGGUCGCAGUGUGAAGGAGACGUCCCGGGUGCCUCUCAUUGUGCCAGGGCGCAGCUUCAAAGCCUCCGAGAUAAAGCGCCCCGGAGGGCUGGAGGGGGACUCCUGCCUCCACAGAGACAGAUCACCGAUAACAGACACGGCCAGGCCCACUCUCUUAUCUGCUCUGUCGUAUAACUAAACGAUCAGUUUAGCGCCAUUGUCCCCGAGCCGCUGCGUGCGGAGAUCUGUCAGAGGAGGAGCGGAUCCUGCGGGUCAGUCUGCCGGACAGAGAUGUGAUGUGAUCACUGCCAGUCCCUGUGCGUGUGGAGCCGAUCAUAAUGAGUCUCAAUCUGAUUAAUCUCAGUGAAGUAAUAUCGAUUUUUAAUUGAUUGCAGAUGUGAUAUUAAUAGAGGCCCUCAGCGGUCGAUCUGAGGACCCCACCACCCACACCCCCGCGGACCUGUUUGCGCUCACAGUGCUCUCGCAGCUUCCUCGCAGCUUGUUUUAACAUAUUUGCAUGUGAAGGGGCCACAAUCAGCCCUAAUUGUGUUGCUACUGUAAUACCUUUGAUCUGUGAUGUUUGAAGCGGCCCGAGCCAAACGCUGGCGCCAGCACCCACCGGGGCGUCAGCCACAUGUCAACACCGAGCCACCGGCUGCCCACUGCGGCCAACAGCGGCUCCCUGCGCACCCGAGGAGUCUGAUGUGCUGGAGGAUAUGAUCGACGUAUGGACAUCUUGUUUUUCUCACUUUGAAAAUUCUGUCCACAUGAUCACUGAGAUGUCUGUUGCAGACCCAGAUCAAGCGUCCUACAGAAGCCAGAUGAUGAGCAAUGUUUAAUCAGCGCUGUGAAAAGUACCCCCAAAUACUUGAGUGAAAGUACGGAUGUUGUGUUAAAACAUCACUUUGGUGAAUGUGAAAGUGAUGGGAAAGUUUGGAGAAUGUGCUAGAGUAUCACAAGCACAAGUACUUAGUUGGGCUCAGAAUGUGGUGAAGUGUGAAGUAGCAGAGAAUUUGAAUAUUUUAAGAAAGACGGACAAGUACCUCAAAGUUGUACUCAAGUACAGUACUCUGAGUUACAUUCCAACCCUGCUCUUAACAGAUCAGUAAUAUUUGCAUUAAGCACUAGAAUAUGGGGCUGCUCAUUAAAACUAAACUACAAGAGAAGAUACAUGACAAGAUGUCCAGUGUGUUUCAGUGUACAAAACAAAUACACAACGACUGGGAACUUGAGCCGGUGUCACAGUUUAACAGAAUUACACUUCAUGAGUUAUUGCUCCUGAUACAUUCAUAGGCAGCCUUGUCAAGUCUGGGCAAAUUAUGAAGAUUUGAGAAAAAUGUCACUUGUGAUUAUAGUUGUGAAAUGAUUAUAGUGGGCUGUAGUACGAGCUCUCAGGUGGAACAUUCAAACACUCAAGUGAAGCCCUCAGUUACUUAGUCACCAGCACACAAGUGAUAAUAAUCCUACACUCUGUGUUUUGGCUCUAUUGGAUUAUGAUACUGAGAGAGACAGUGGGUCAGAUCAAAUCGAAGGAAAUGAAGUUUAAGAAUGAGAGUCUUGACUGAGACGAGACACUUUGACACCUCUCCGCGAUGCGACUGUAUGCAGCAGCAGCAGCAGCAGCAGCAGCAGCAGCGGGGACAUGAAAGCCUCCACCUCUGCAGGAGAUACAGCUGUUUCUGCGGGGCCCCCGGUUUCAGUCGGGCCGGACAAAUGUAUGAGCUCAGGAGGGUUCUCACAGACUCGGCGGCGCCAGGUCUUCACACACUCACAGGAUAUGUAAAGACUUCAAUAACGAGCCAUUAACCCCUAAUCAUCGGGAUCGAUCAGGCGUUAACAAGGCCCUCUACAUAUGCAAAUGCGGACGAGGGGCCGGGGCCCCUAUAAAAGCCGAGCCUGGACCGGGCAGCCGCCACCACACACACUCCCUCUGACACUUGCUGGAUUUACAGGUCAGUGAGCAGCGCUGCCAAACAUGGUGAAAUACUUUUCAGUGGACUGGCUGGCCCAGAGCCAUCACAACACGGCGCAGGCUCGGGAGCGCGGAGCUGGCACGGAUUCCUCACCGACCUGCAGACCUCACGUUCCCUGCGUGGUGCAGCCGCGCCCGCCGACUCUUGGCAAGAGUCACCUGCAGCCCAAACCCAAAACUCCAAAGCCUGCCGAGCGCACGGAGAUCAGCGGACAGCAGGACUCCAGCCUGUGCUCACCUCUGCAUCCAACAAGCUUGUCAGAGACGAGCGGGUACUCCUCCGGGUACGAGAGCGAGGCGGCUUCCUCCGAGUGUCUCUCCGUGGACGAGGGGAGCGAGCUGGAGAGCGGACCACAGCGGCGGGUGCGCACAAAGUUCAGCCCGGAGCAGAUCAGCAGACUGGAGAAGAUCUUCAACAAGCACAAGUACCUGGACGCAGGGGAGAGAGUGAAGACGGCGCAGAAGCUCAGCCUCACAGAAACACAGGUGAGGACCUGGUUCCAGAACAGGAGGAUGAAGCUGAAGCGGGAGGUGCAGGACUACCUCGCUCCUCAAGCCCCCCCGGUGAUGUUCCAGCCUCUGACCCCGGCUCAGUACCACAGCAUGGCCGGACAGCGACCCCACUACCCGGCCAGCGGCCCGGCCUUCUACCCCCUCCCCGUCCCGCAGCUGCUCCUGCAGCAGCAGAUGCCUCCUCACCACAUGCUGCACCGCAGCCCGCAUUUCUACUGAGCAGCUGUCAACCACAGAGACUUUUCCGACUGAAACACUUAGAAUCCACAGAAGUGCAAUCAAAGAGUUGUUUGAGAUUUUUUUUAUAUAUAUAAUAUUUUAUAUAAAAUAGUGUAAAAAAUUUACA